AUGCCCCGAGAUCGGGCUGCCUACCGAAAUGUUCGCUUUUAUAACGCGUCAACAGGCGCUGUUGUUGGGGGGUUUUUCCAGAAUGGCUCUAUCACUGAAGAAAACCUCAUCUGGAUUCUGAGCGAUGUUCUUUUAAUUGUGGAAGAGAGGCAUCCUUGGACUAUUCGGCACAGAGUGUCAGAAAGAGUCAUUACUCCUUCAAGCAACCCAGUUCUUGGAGAUUAUGAUACCUACUCUACAGGAUCUAUUCAAGUAACCAAUGAAGCAUGGUUUGUUCGACUCACCAGCCAUUCUGUCUCAGGUGGAAAAGAUAAAUUCCGAGAUGGAGUUCGUGCUAGAGAUGGAAAUUGUGUCAUAUCCGGACAGGUCAACCCUGGGCCCCAGUGGGAUGACUGGGCAGGGUUUGAGGCUGUACAUGUCUUCCCGCUAGAGAAGGAGAGUUUGUGGAUAGAGUUUAACUAUGGACGCUGGAUAGCAAACAUGGAUGAUGCUGUGGGAGUGUCCAAAAUUCAUUCCAUUCAGAAUGGAUUACUCAUGACAGGACAUCUGCACACUCUCUUUGACCAAUACCUGUUCUCCGUGAACCCAGAUGAUGGUUACAAAAUUGUUGAGGUCGGGCCUGUCAGCUGGGGAAUUGACAGAGGCGUAUUGGACCCUGUUUGCCGCGAUCCAACUACCAAUAGUCACGUCUCAGAUGAGCUGCUCCGGUGGCACUUUCGACAAUCUGUGCUUGCCAAUAUGCGGGGUGCAGGAGAGCCUAUCUUUUAG